ACGAAAUUGACGGUGUGGUGGUCGGAAUUUACAAAAAAAACGAAAUGUUGGAAAAAGUAUCGUUCUUAAACGCGAAAGGUUUGCUACCCGGACGACGUCUGUUUCGGAACACAAAAUGCCUAGCACAGCGAUUUAUUUGUGAACGUUAUAGAAGUGAUAAAGCUGAAAAAUGCGGGAAUUUGAAACCUAACCUUAAUGUUUCAAACUUUGUCAGUAUUCGUAAAUUCAAAAAACCGAAACUUGCAGCAACAGGUUCGUCCGACACUUUAAUUUUGAAUCACACACUUUUAAACCAACACGUAACGAAUUUUUCGAAAAAUGCCCAUAUGUCUAGUAAUAGCAAUGUAAAUGGUUCAAAACACUUUAAAUAUCAGAUCGCUGCACACAAGUCGCGUUUAUCUUCAACAGUUUGUAGGUGCAUAAAAUUAAAUAAUAGAAGUUCUGCCAAAACAAGUUUACCACUUAGAAAGUUUAAAAUCUCAACAAUAAGUGAACAUGGCUUGUUGGAACAAAACAUAAGUUUUGCUUUGAUGCAUACAAAUAGAAUGGCUUUGAAUAUUUUGAGUAGAAGAUUUUCAACAAUCACGACUUCUGAUGAUUGUAAAAAACCUGACCCAGUUGACAGGCUUUAUGUCGCCCCAAAAAAUAUUUUAAACAAUGCGUAUGAUGUAGUUGCACAGCAGCUGAAAAAUCGUGAUUUUAGACUACAACCAGUUUACAACAUCAUUAAGGGAAAAGGUAAAAACUCAUCCUGGAGUUGCACAUAUCACAUUAAAUGGCCAGAAGUGACAAAAUUUGUAUCUAUUGGACAAACUAAACAGGAAGCGUCGCAUAAAGCCGCAAUAUGUGUUUUACUUUGGUUAAGAAAGAACGAGAAAAUAACAAAGGAGGGAUUUCCAAUUGUCGUCGGAAAAAAUGAAGUGAAAGAAAUUGUAAAACAUACAUUACCGUCUUUAACUCUGGAUGCUAACACUGUCAAUCAAAUGAAAACUAUAGCUGAUAUUUAUAAAAAUCAAUUUGUGCCUAAAUUGACGAAAUGUGUGGAAGCAAAACAUGUACCUACUCCUACUCUUGAUGAAGUUGGUGAUUCAUUUCUUAGCAUGAGUGGGAAAAAACGGUUGUUUGGGGUGGCUAAGUAUUUAGCAAAGGAGAAGAUUUCGUUACCUAUUUCACAACAUAAGGAAGAUUUUAUGAAACUUAUAAAGGAAAAUAGGGUGGUUAUUAUUAAAGGAGAGCCAGGUUGUGGAAAGAGUACACGAAUUCCACAGUAUGUGUUGGAAUUGUGGGCCAAAGAAGGUUUAGCACGAGGGGAACCAUGUCAGAUAGCUGUUACACAACCAAGGCGCAUUGCUGCUAUAUCUCUGGCAGAUCGUGUUUCUGAUGAAAGAAAUGAAAAUUGUGGCCACAUCGUGGGUUACCAAAUUCGCCUGAAAUCAAAUUACAACCCAACAACUGGCAGAAUUUUCUAUUGCACAACAGGAAUUCUCCUAAAAUACUUACAAACUGAUACAAAUUUAUCCAGAUUUACGCACGUUAUUUUGGACGAAGUUCACGAACGUGAUGUUAACACCGACUUAUUACUAAAUUUAUUAAGAAACGUGUUAACGACAAACCCUACCAUGAAAUUGAUCAUAAUGAGUGCGACAGUGGAUGUCGAUUUAUUCAGAAAUUAUUUAAAUCAUCCACCAGUUAUGCACAUUCCGGGAUUCACAUACCCAGUUAAGUCUUACUUCUUAGACGAUCUGAGCACACUUAAUUUAAGCGAAAGUUACCAAAUGGCUGUGAAUAAUAACGAAUUGCCGAACGUUGUCCACGAAGAUGUGGCGAAACUAAUUCGUCAUAUACACAAAACAAAGAAAGAGGGCGCUAUUUUAUGUUUUUUACCGGGUUGGGAGGAUAUUAUUAAAGUUGAGAAACUAAUGUCUCCGUCUAGCGAUAUGAGUGUUUUGUGUCUUCAUUCUCGUCUGCAAGAUUCCGAUCAACGGAAGAUUUUUUCAAGAACACCACCUGGAGUCAGGAAAGUGAUUCUCUCGACGAAUAUUGCAGAAACUUCUGUUACUAUUGACGAUGUCGUAUAUGUUAUUGAUACAGGAAUUCAUAAAGAAAAUCGAUUUGAUCAUGACAAAGGUGUUAAUUGCAUCGAUAAUUACUGGAUAUCGCAGUCGAGUAUGGCGCAGCGGAAAGGUAGAGCAGGACGAGUCCAACCAGGCGAAAGUUUCCACCUAUACACAAAAUCCAAAUAUGACACAUUUUCGCAUUUCACGGAUCCAGAGAUUUUAAAAACGUCGCUCACUAAAAUCGUUUUGAAUUCAAAAGUUUACAGCAACAACAUGGAUGCGUUAGAAUUCAUGAGUAAAUUACCCAGUCCUCCGGAAAAAAAUUCAACUAGAAGGGCUGUCAGAGAAUUGAAAGAUCUGAAACUUUUGGAUGAUUGUGAAAAUCUCACGUCUUUAGGAAAAAGAUUGGCUAAUUUUCAGUUGGAACCAAAACUGGCGAAAAUCUUAGUCAAUUCUGUUGUGUAUAAAUGCGUCACGCCGGUGGUGGACAUUGUUACACUUUUCUCUUCAGACACUGAAUUGUUUAGGAGCAGUUUGGUGGAUAAAGGAAGUAUAAAGAAAAUUAAAACUCAAGGCAGUAGGCAUAGCGACCAUUUAGCAGUGAUGCGGCUGUUUGAGGCCUGGUUGGAAUUAAUGGAAGAUUUCGAUGAAGAAACUGCCGCACGAUAUUGUACUGACGCGAAUUUGGUUCAUCAUAAACUGGUUACCAUAAGUAAACUGCGUAAAAUUCAUUUUGAUUAUCUUCACAAUGGUUUGCUUGAGGCGCUACCAGUAGCUGACAGUUACUCAGACAACGACGAGUUAGUCAAAGCUAUACUAUUUUCGGGUGUUGGAAAUCUCCUAAGGCAUCGUAAUUGGGACGUCGUCAAAGGUCGCUACAAAAAAGCUGAUAUUUUUUUGACCAACUAUAAUCAAAAAGCGACAAUAACUUCAGACAGUGUCAAUUUUAAAAGAACGUCGUUUUGUUCAAAUUUUCUUCUGUAUUUUAAUGAAGUCAGAUCGAAUAUUAGAAGAACGACAGUGGUUCGGGAAUGUAGUGAAAUUACCCCAGUAGCAGUAAUAUUAUUUUCAGAUAAGGAUCUUAUCAUACGAGAAGUUGGGGGCGACAGUGGUGAGGUGAUUUUGAGCUUGAAAGACACUAAAAUAGAAUUUUCUUGUUCACGACAGCAAGCCAUGGACAUCCAAAUGUGUAAAGAAGCUCUUGACAAUAUGUAUCAAUAUUACAUUUUCCAAAUGACUGAGGGUGGUGAGUGCAAUGCAGAAAUUAACCACCUUUGGGACAAUGUUCUCCACCCCUAAGAAGAGAAACUGUCGAGACUGCAGAAGAAAUGGCAUUACUUGAAGCUGGUAAAUCUCUUACUCCUAAUAAAUUUUAAUCAUUUGAAACUGUAUAACUUCCUCUACUGUAGGUACUUUUGAAGCAUUGAAUUACACAUACAUUUUUAAGAAGUGACCUA